GUCGUUCUGGAUAGACUACCUCUACGCUAACCGCCCAGGAGCGUCGACGAUCAAGGACUCCCCACGCCCCCCAAUGCUGUACUCGCCUCCUCAUACCGACACUUGUAACAGCGGAAUUACCGAAAUAACCCCACCUCAGCUACGCCUGCGACGAUGCUUCCUCUUACCACGCGAUGACCAGUCCUCUCUCUUCACCGUUCACCUUCUUAGCCGCUUAUAACACACGGCUUCAAAUUUCCUCUCUCGUCGAUUGAUCGGCUGGUUUUGUUUUCGAUUGCUUUCGGUUGAUCAAUCAAGCAAUCGAUCCGUCUCGCUCUCUCUCUCCCAAUCUCGCUUGUUGGUGAAUGAUGGCGUCGAAGCGGAGAAAGGGGAGAUGAUGGUAAAGAGGUAGGAAGCAUGCGAACGAUUUGCGACGUCUGCGAGAGCGCCGCCGCCAUCCUUUUCUGCGCCGCAGACGAGGCCGCGCUUUGCCGUGCCUGCGACGAAAAGGUACAUAUGUGUAACAAGCUUGCUAGCCGGCAUGUACGGGUUGGGUUGGCUGCACCCUCUGAUGUCCCCCGGUGUGAUAUUUGUGAAAAUGCUCCUGCUUUCUUUUACUGUGAGAUAGAUGGAAGUUCCCUUUGCCUGCAAUGUGAUAUGAUUGUCCAUGUUGGUGGUAAAAGAACCCAUGGAAGAUAUCUCCUAUUAAGACAGAGAGUUGAGUUUCCCGGGGAUAAACCUAGCCGUUUAGAGGAGGUAGGUUUGCAGUCCAUCAGUCCAGGUCAAAUGAGAAGGGAACAAUGUCAGCCUCAUAAGCAUAUGCUAAGAGAGAGCAUGCCAAAUCAUGGGGUCACUCCUGUUCCAGUGCUAGAUGCUAAUGCUGAUGGUGAAACCAAGAUGGACAAUAAGAUGAUUGAUCUUAAUGCAAGGCCACAGCGGGUACAUGGGCAAACAUCAAAUAAUCAGAAACAAGGAAUGGAUGUUCUAAGUGGCACUAAUCAUGAAUCAGCAAGUUUAGUUCCUGUUGGGUCUUUCAAACGAGAGCAAGAAAAAUGAGCAAGGUGGUGUUUUUAAUGGUUCUUUCAAUGACUGAUGAAUGAGAAUGUCACUGUCGUGGUUCUAUGAACAUUUGCACGAAGGCCCUGCAUUUUUUGAAGAAAGACAUUUUUAAUUGGGAACCAUGGUAACUGAAAUGAGUUUGAUGGACAUGGACAUAGACCUGGCUUGCUAGUUGUUUUGUCUCCAAAGAUUUGGAAUCCAUUAGUGGGACUGAAUUUAUAGAUGGAAAUCAAAAUACAAGAAAAUAUGUUUGGUUAUGUUAGUUUGGUUGAUGGUUAGAGGAGGGAUCUCAGUAGCUAAUUGUUUCAACAUGCUGAUUGAAGUAAUGUUUUGACUAGGCAGGUUUUAACAACCUUUAUGGCUCACUGGGUGAGCCUAUGGAAUCACCACUGUAAUGUUAGAUCAUUGGUAAGAUUUAUCCCAGGGUGAUUAAAUUUUGAUGACACUGAAUUUGAUGUUCUCUAUAUUUCAGUUAUCAAAUAUCACUAGGCAUCAAUAAUUAGCUCUUUAGUAUGCCACAAGGAUCCAAGGUCACUCGCCAUGUAAUGCAAAAGUGUGCACUAAAUAUUUGUUAGGAAUACCUAAUUCCCAAAAGGCGAGCACCUUUGUAAAUGAGGCAUAUGCCCCAUUCUGUAUUACCUUUUUUAUUAGCCAUAUGCCUCGAAAGACUGCCAACUAUUGAACGGUCAAUUCUAAUGUGUUUUUUUUUGCUUUAGCAAGAUGAUUUACUGGUAAAGGCAUUAAAAUAAGCUUUACCAUCUUUCAUUUCAAAUCAUUGUAUCUUACACUUCUAUCUAUCUAUCUAUCUAUAUAUCUAAAAUAUAAUACAUAUAUAUUGUAUGUUUCAUCACUUCCAUAUUUAUAUUAUAGAUAUUUUUAUUUAAUGAUGUUCUUUGAAAGCUUGAAUAACUAUUAUCACUUAACAUGGUUUCUCUUGAAGCUUAAGUUUGGAAACUUAAAUUGGCGUACAAAUCUUGUUUAAUAAGAAAAUGAAUCGUAAUAGGCUUACAACUAAGCGCAUUGAGGCUUACCAUUGCCUCAUUGGAGGUGAAACGUGUUGCCUUGCAUUCUCGUCUUUUAAAACACACACACACACACACUCACACACAUAUACAUUUGCAUAAUUUAUAUUAUAUAUUUGUAUAUGCAUAUAAUUACUGUAUAUAAUUAUAUUAUACUAUAUUACAAUAUAGUAGAUACUAGUAAUCUAAUUCCAGCUAGACUAAGGAUCGGCAUCGGCAUUUUUCUAUUAAUCUCGGGAUCAUUACUCAUCAAAUGCGUCCCCUCAGUGGUCCUGGAUUGUAUUCUUCUCAGCAUCCACAUUUCUUCAGGUCCCACUAAAAUCAUGUCAUACUAUGACAUGAAGGAAAAAAGGAUGAGUUGGCUAGGUUUGAACUCAAAUGUUGGAAGUAUGCUGUGAUUUAUCGCUUCUCUAUUUUUAUAGAGAGGUUGCUUUCUUGGAAAAUGGGGUUCUUGUGCUUUAUGGUGAUUGCAUCAUCAUUGGAACCAAGAAAAUAAUGUGUUGAGGUGUUGGCAGUUUCUUGUGGCUGAGAACUGGAAAAGGGUUAAAAGGUGAGAAUUGUGCAUGUGCAGUGGAGGAUGCAGAUAAAGGGAAGGAAAUUCUAUUUGAAUAUUUGUAUUAUUUCAAUGUCUGUGUAAUAGCCUCAGCCCAACUCUGGGGCGAUGAUGUCCUUUUUGGCUUGGGUCUCGUGGUUUUGUUCCAUAAAAUGGGCGCCUUAUGGCCAAUAUCUCCUUUGUACACGCUCGACGUGAGGUUGUGACAGGUCCCCCAUUCAUUCUUUGAUGCCCUCGUCAAAAUGGUCCACAAGGAUUCACCCACGUGAUAAUACUCCCAGGGUGGCUCUAAUACUGAAUGUAACAGUCUCGGCCUAAUUCUAGUUAUCUAUUGUCUACUUUUACAGAGAUGCAGUUUGGCCUCAUAAAAGGUACCUCGUAUGGUUGGAGCCUAGCCAUCCUAAUAUGACCAAGAUAACACGCCUGAUGUGGGAUUGACAGGAUUGUGAUGUGUGUAUUAGAAUGUUACAUUCUUGUGGUUGCAACUCUAUGAUGUUGAUUACUUAAACAAAUAUGUUCUUGUUCGUUUACUCUUUUUUUUUUUUUUUUUCCAACUUUCAUUGCUGCUUUCUAGAUUUAAGUGAACAUUUUGAGCCAGUGGAGAGCAGUUUGGCUGCAAAUUACUUGUAGAGAUUGUUAAGUUUCAUUCUAAAAGCCAGAACUGUAAUGUUGGGUGAUUUGUUUAUUUGACCUACUUGAGUUAAGCAGGAGCUCUUAUUUCAAA